CUAACCGUAUAACCGCCGGCUUCCUGUCCGCGUCUAUGAUGGAAGCCUGACCUCUCCAGAAUGCAGGAACAUUGGCAACUCCUAUGCGGCGAUACAGGGCUGGAGAUCCUUCCUCAAACAACCAAACUAGCAGACAGAUCAGUUGUCCGUUAGGUUUCUCGUGCGCUGGAAUGCAGAACGUUUUUCCUCCCUGGUCGAUCGCUUCGAAAUCAUCAUGUGGACUGUCCAGGUAGAGAUUGGAAAUGAUGGAUUUUCGAUCAUCUCCCGGCAUUUUCCAGUGGUACCGCACAGUUCUCUCGACACCGUCGUCAAGAAUCUCUUCGUUUGGCGGCCCGAGAGUCUUCUUAAUAUGCACUUCGAUUAAAGAGCACUUGAGGUCGAUGUAGCAAUCGGAAGAGAUGGCGCCAAACCGCGAGCCAUCUUCCCGCGCUGGCUGUACUUUUAUCUUCUCGACUGAUAUCUGCAUGUCUUCUUCGUGUGCAGUUUCUGCGCAUUUUAUACCUUGCGGCGCAUCCACCGCUGCCCAGGAGAAAGUUGGCGCACGCCAAAAGACUGGGUUUUCACCGUCGGGACGUUUUUGAGGAUAUUUGAAUCGCUCGUCUUCAUACUUCGGCUCGACGUACCAUAACAACUGGCUAGCUAGAUACUUCUCCCACAUGCCUGCCACGUAGAUCAAAUGUUCGCCCAUUCGCUCCGAAGUAAGCUCAGCAAUGCCGGCAAGAGCGAUGAGCUUAUCCUUUGGUUUGGACAAACUGGUGGUCGAGUAUCUUUCCACUAUGCUCUUCCAGUUCUCGUGGGCUGUAAAUGCGUUGUUCUCACACCCUGCAGCUUUCGCUUUGGGGCCAUAUUCGCCGGGAAUCAAAGCCUUCAACCGUGUUCUCUCUCCAACAGUGCCGGCUCUGAGUUCCAUGUGCGAAACGCCAUGCGGAUGGCUUUCGGCUGCAUCGAUGUGUGGACACUCCCACGCAAUCUGAUCCCUGCAGAAAUGCAGCACUCGCGGAGCUAGCAGCCUCUCCUGAAGAACCCACGCGCGGCGAUUGACGGGAGCAUCGUCCACUUGCCUAUCCCAGAAGGAUGCAUCUUGGAUCUUGCAUCGUCUGAUGAGCGGCUCGAGACCCAGAUGUCGUUUUGGGACUCGCUCAUCUAGUGGGCGUGGGAUACCUUCAGUGUUCAAAUUGAUUUCAUCUUCCCAUAGAUUCUGAGGAUCGCGAGUUACGAAUUGCGGUAUACGUCGUACAUCUGGACU